CUCCACCAGAAUAUGCCCAUUUCCAAAUUUUCUACCUUUUGAGAGACUUGAGAUUUGGAUAUUUGUGUGCCAUUAUCUCAUCUUGUAAGAUGGAAAUUACACGGCCAGUAUGUGUGUGCCCCCCAAGCUGUUUUGCUUUCCAUUAAUGGUGUCCGUAUCAUGAGGACACUUGAUGGUAUUAGACUCCAUUGGUGGCCAAUCUAUAACUGGGUUUCAAGAUUGUCUUACUACUCAAUUCUUCAUUGUCUAAACAGGAGAUGACAUUACCCCUGAUCUUUAACUCCACUUCAUCUUGUUCAGAUGAUUUUGCAGUGAAGAGCGAGGUUGUUGAAAUCAUCGAAGAACACAAGGUUGUUCUUGAUCAAAGCUUCAUCAAACAAAUUAGUUAAUGUUCUUGGAUUGUCUCGUAUACAUCAAUGCGUUUAUGCGCUAACAAAACCUUCUAUUGGUUCCUGUUUUGAAUAUUGAUUUGCUUUCAUUGUUUACAUUAGAUGAUACAAUGCUUUAUGUCAUUAUGCUGCAAUGAAAAGGUACAAGUUCAUCAAAGUUAUUGCUUGAGGAAUUAUUUAUCUUGAUAAAAAAUAUGCUAAUUAAGACAACAAAACUGAGACUUCGAUUAUAGGAUUUUAUAUCAAUGGAACUUUUUCAAUGUACAAUUAUUAUUGUGGGUCCUGUCUCUUUGUUUAUAAUUAUAUCAACGGCUAGUGACUUUUAAAAUCGUUUUUCUCCUGACUAAGAGCAUCUGUGAGAGUAAACAUUGACUUUUAAUUAGAGAGAGAAAUAGACUUGAAAGGAGCAUAGCUUUGUGAUCUCAGAUUCAACUUUUUCUUCUUCCUUUUCUGCUCAAUCUUGUUGUAGACGACCAUGGAAUAUGAGGAAUAUGAGGAAGUGUCACUACCGUUGAUCCACGAGCAUCUUAUGAUGCCGUGUAAUUAUCUAACUAGGGCUGAUUGCUGUGGACGCUUCGGUUUUACCAGUGGUGGUUAUUACUGCGAAAGCUGUAGCUUCUUGGUUCAUAGGAAAUGUGUUGAAGAUUCCUCUGAAUAUAUUGAACACCCGUCUCACUCUGUUCACCCUCUUAAGCUUCAAAGUAAACCAGACCAUAUAUGUGAUAUAUGUGAUAAGAGGAUCGUGGAUCUAUGCUAUCAUUGUGAGAUCUGUGACUUCAAUGUGGAUCUAUACUGUGCAAAGUACCCACCACCAAAAGUUAUUGAUAUUUCCGAGACGCAUCACCACAAGCUCACCCUUCUCAAGAAAGGGAUCAAGUUCGACUGUGGUGCUAGCAAAUGUGGGGAGGUUAUGUAUGGGUUUCCUUACAAAUGCCAUGAAUGUGAUUUAGCCUUCCAUGUGGAUUGCGUAUGGAAUCCGCCGGAGGCAAAAAACCCGUCAGAGGUAAACCACUCUCACCACCCUUUACACCCUCUUAAGCUCCACAUAGGUCAACCACCGGACUAUUCUGAUGGUAAAUGUCGUCUUUGCGCACAAAAGAUUUGUGAUAGAUUGUUUUAUCAUUGUUCUGCCUGUAACUUCAGCUUGGAUAUGUGUUGUCUUUUAAACCCACCAUCACAAUAUGUUAUGGAUUUGAAAGUUCAUGCUCACGAACUCACCUUUCGCCCAAGACUUGAUUCUUUUACAUGUAAUGCUUGCGGGUUGAGUGGAGACAGAAACCCUUACAUAUGUGUGCAAUGUGAUUUCAUGAUACAUCAAGAGUGUCUUGACCUUCCACGCCUCAUAAACAUCAAUCGGCAUGAUCACCGUGUUUCUCGCACUUCCGUUCUUGGUGUUGUGAAUUCGGUAUGUGGAGUUUGUCGCCGGAAGGUGGAUUGGACUUGGGGCGGGUAUUCUUGUCAGCGGUGUCCUCACUAUGUCGUUCAUUCGAAAUGUGCUACUAGAGAGGAUGUGUGGAACGGAAAAGAGCUCGAAGGAGUGCCUGAAGAGAUAGAAGAUGUAGAGCCAUAUGUGGUGAUAGAUGAAAACACAAUACAACAUUUCAGCCACAAAGAGCAUUACCUAAGAUUCCAUGUUAGUGCUCUUCUUUGGGAGGAAAACAAGCGUUGCAAUGCUUGCACCCAGCCCAUUGGUCUCCAAUCUUUCUAUGGUUGUGUUGUUUGUGAUUUCAUUCUUCACCAAAACUGCGCUGAAUCUCCUAGAAAGAAAUGGCAUUUUCUACAUAAUGAACGUCUUACUUUAGUUACAAGCAAGGAUGAUUACUUUCACUGCACUGCGUGUGAUAGACUCUCCAAUGGUUUCAUGUACCAGUGUGGGGAUAUGAAGUUAGAUGUACUGUGCGGUUCAAUUUCUGAACCGUUUGUCCAUCCAAGCCACCCCCAUCAUCCCUUAUAUUACAUUCCACCAGAGGAAGAAAAACAAUGCAAUGGUUGCGACAAUUGGUCAUCUCUUGUGCUUACGUGCAUUGAAAGUGGCUGUAGAUAUUUCUUAUGCUUCGAUUGUGCUAGGCUACCACAAGUGGUAAAGCAUAGAGUAGACGCUCAUCCUCUCUCACUAUGCUAUGGAGAAAAGGCAAGUGGCAAAUACUGGUGUGACAUUUGUGAGAAAGAAACGAAUCCGAGUACAUGGUUCUACACGUGUAAAGAUCACCGAGCUAGUUUGCAUACAAAGUGCGUGAUGGGAGACUUUGCAAGGCUCAUGCCAGGAAGUACAUUAACGUAUUCCCACAUAUCAUAUGAGGUGGUGCGCAAUAAUAGUAUGUCUCGUCCAUUUUGCAGAGCGUGUGAGUCACAUUGCAUGUACCCUAUCAUCUUGAAGGUGCUUGGAUCCUCAGCUCUUUACAUCUGCUCUUUAAACUGCGUAGAUGGUUUUUGGUAUCCGAAGAUCGUUUCUGGUAUCAAAAAACGUCAACCAGCAAAGUGAAGAUUGCUCGUUAAAAUCCAAAAGUUAUGUUUGUGAUGUUGUAUGUACUUCCAGUAAUUCUGUUCAUUAAAACCCC